GCUGGAGAGAUAUGUGAAGGCCCAAAAUGACCCUCCUACCGGGAGACAACUCCGACUACGACUACAGCGCCCUGAGCUGCGCCUCGGACGCCUCCUUCCACCCGGCCUUCUUCCCGCAGCGCCAGCCCCUCAAGGGCGUCUUCUACCGCCGCGCGCAGCGGCUGCGGCCGCAGGACGACCCCCGCCCGGGCGGCCAGCCCGAGGACCGCCGGCGACAGAUCAUCAUCAACGUGGGCGGCAGCAAGUACUCGCUGCCCUGGACUACGCUGGACGAGUUCCCGCUGACGCGGCUGGGCCAGCUCAAGGCCUGCACCAACUUCGACGACAUCCUCAACGUGUGCGAUGACUACGACGUGACCUGCAACGAGUUCUUCUUCGACCGCAACCCGGGCGCCUUCGGCACCAUCCUGACCUUCCUGCGCGCCGGCAAGCUGCGGCUGCUGCGCGAGAUGUGCGCCCUGUCCUUCCAGGAGGAGCUGCUGUACUGGGGCAUCGCCGAGGACCACCUGGACGGCUGCUGCAAGCGCCGCUACCUGCAGAAGAUCGAGGAGUUCGCCGAGAUGGUGGAGCGGGAGGACGAGGAGGACCCGCUGGACAGCGACGGCCGCGACAGCGACGGCCCGGCCGAGGGCGAGGGCCGCCUGGGCCGCUGCAUGCGGAGACUGCGAGACAUGGUGGAGAGGCCGCACUCGGGGCUGCCCGGCAAGGUGUUCGCCUGCCUGUCCGUGCUCUUCGUCACCGUCACCGCCGUGAACCUGUCUGUCAGCACCUUGCCCAGCCUGAGGGAGGAGGAGGAGCAGGGCCAGUGCUCCCAGAUGUGCCACAACGUCUUCAUCGUGGAGUCGGUGUGCGUGGGCUGGUUCUCCCUCGAGUUCCUCCUGCGGCUCAUCCAGGCGCCCAGCAAGUUCGCCUUCCUGCGGAGCCCGCUCACGCUCAUCGACCUGGUGGCCAUCCUGCCUUACUACAUCACCCUGCUGGUGGACGGCGCCGCCGCGGGCCGCCGAAAGCCCGGCGCCGGCAACAGCUACCUGGACAAGGUGGGGCUGGUGCUGCGCGUGCUGCGGGCGCUGCGCAUCCUGUACGUGAUGCGCCUGGCCCGCCACUCCCUGGGGCUGCAGACGCUGGGGCUCACGGCCCGCCGCUGCACCCGCGAGUUCGGGCUCCUGCUGCUCUUCCUCUGCGUGGCCAUCGCCCUCUUUGCCCCCCUCCUAUAUGUCAUCGAGAACGAGAUGGCCGACAGCCCCGAGUUCACCAGCAUCCCCGCCUGCUACUGGUGGGCCGUCAUCACCAUGACAACUGUGGGCUAUGGGGACAUGGUCCCCAGGAGCACCCCGGGCCAGGUGGUGGCCCUGAGCAGCAUCCUGAGUGGCAUCCUCCUCAUGGCCUUCCCCGUGACCUCCAUCUUCCACACCUUCUCCCGCUCCUACCUGGAGCUCAAGCAGGAGCAGGAGAGGGUGAUGUUCCGGAGGGCCCAGUUCCUCAUCAAAACCAAGUCGCAGCUGAGCGGCAUGUCCCAGGACAGUGACAUCUUGUUCGGAAGUGCCUCCUCAGACACCAGAGACAACAACUGAAGCCAGAGGACACCCCUGCCCUGUCUGCCAUCCACUGCAGAAGCCCCCACAGGGACAUGCCACCGUGAGUCCGGCCCUGGUAUAGGACUGACUUGAACCAUGCCCCAGGAAGAACAUCAGAAAGGUCAGCGUGGGUCUUGCCCCGCCAUGACCAGAAGAGAAACAUCUGGGUCACGAGCCCAGCCCUGCUCUGGCCGAUGUCUGUUUCCUGCAACAAGGAGGUGGCUUGUUCUUCCCGCUGUGUAAAUAGUGAGCCCAGCAAAAACUUGCAUUAUGGGUCUGCGUGGAG